AAGAAUUAGAAUAAAAAUUAACUGAGAAAAUGGGGUAAACCCCGUUGAAUCCAAUGGUGGCGCUGCACAUUGCUCCUAAACCCUAUUCCCAUUCUGGUUCCAAUGCUAUUCAACUCCAUCACCACCAUAAUCAUCUUCUUCUUCAACCUUGAUUGAGCAUGUUCCACUUCUAUCCUCUCCCUGAUCAUGCUAAUGCCCACUCGCAGAUUCUGCAACAACUUCUCUUCUUCCUCCGCCGCAAUCGUCAUUAAUAAACCCUUACAACCACCAGCUCUCGACAGCCUCAAAUCCGAGUGGGACCCACACAAACACUGUGACCCCUUUGGUUCGGUUCCUUCGAAAACCAAUGUCAAAGGCUGUUCUCUCACACAUCAAACCUCGUCACCGCCCCAAUCCUUCCUCCUCCUAUUUGCCUCGACGCAUCAAGAACCUCAUCGUCGACGUCAUCCAAAUCCUUAAAACCCAUCAUUGGCAAGAUUCCCUCGAAUCUCGCUUCGCAGAUUCCGAAAUCAUUGUUUCCGAUGUUGCCCAUUUCGUUAUUGACAGAAUGCACGACCCUGAACUCGGUUUAAAGUUCUUUAACUGGGCUUCCACCAUACCCUUUUCUUCCCCUCUCAAUGGGGUUGCUUAUUCUUCUCUUCUCAAGCUCUUGGCAAAGUACAGAGUGUUUUCGCAGAUUGAUUUGGUGUUACAAAACAUGAAAGCUCAAAACUUGAAACCUACAAUUGAAGCAUUUAACACUUUAAUUUGUGUAUAUGGAGAAUAUGGGUUGGUUAAUAGGGCAAUCCAUUUAUUCCAUACAGUUUGUGAAUUGCAUAAUUGUUUUCCCAGUGUGGUUGCUAACAAUUCAUUGCUUAAGUGUUUAGUUAAAAAUGGGAAAGUUGAUAUUGCGUGUGAACUGUAUGAUAAAAUGCUUGAGAAGCAUGGUGAUGAUGGUAUGAAUGUUGUUGUGGAUAACUAUAGUACCUCUAUUGUGGUGAAGGGUUUGUGUGAUCUUGGAAAGGUUGAGGAAGGUAGGAGGUUGAUUAUAGAUAGAUGGGGAAAAGGUUGUGUUCCGCAGGUGGUUUUUUAUAAUGUGAUUAUUGAUGGGUAUUGCAAGAAGGGUGAUCUCAAUGGUGCUACUAGAGUUCUUGAAGAGUUGAAAUUUAGGGGUUUUCUGCCAACAUUGGAAACUUAUGGGGCUUUGAUUGAUGGAUUUUGUAAGGCUGGAGAGUUUCAAAUAGUUGAUCAACUGAUGAAAGAAUUGAAUGUGAUGGGAUUGAAUGUGAAUGUACAAGUGUUUAAUAAUGUUAUUGAUGCUCAAUACAAGCAUGGUUUGGUGGAAGAAGCCGCUGAAAUGAUGAGAAGGAUGAAUGAGGUGGGUUGUGAGCCGGAUAUUACGACUUUUAAUAUUCUGAUUAACUUUUUGUGUCGUGUUGGAAGGAUUAAAGAAGCUGAAGAGCUCAUGGAAAAGGUGAAAGAAAGGAGAUUGUUGCCUAAUAAGUUUAGUUAUACGCCUCUCAUGCAUGCUUAUUGCAAACAAGGGGAUUAUGUUAUGGCGUCAGAUAUGCUUUUUAAGAUUGCUGAAGCAGGAGAUAAACCGGACUUGGUUGCCUAUGGAGCUUUUAUCCAUGGAGUUGUUGCUGUUGGGGAAAUUGAUGUUGCGCUGAUGGUCCAAGAGAAAAUGAUGGAGAAGGGUGUUUUUCCUGAUGCUCAGAUUUACAAUAUUCUGAUGAGUGGUCUCUGCAAGAAAGGAAUGUUUCCGGCUGCCAAACUACUACUAUCAGAAAUGCUUGAUCGGAAUUUACAACCUGAUGCAUAUGUUUAUGCCACUCUGGUAGAUGGGUUUAUUAGAAAUGAUGAACUUGAUAAGGCAACAACUCUUUUUGAAACCGCAAUGAGUAAAGGUAUAAACCCUGGCGUUGUCGGGUACAAUGUCAUGAUUAAGGGUUUAUGUAAAUUCGGAAAGAUGACAAAUGCCAUGUCAUACUUACAUAAGAUGAAAAAUAUGCAUCAUGCUCCAGAUGAAUACACUUACUCCACAAUUAUAGAUGGAUUUGUAAAGCAGCAUGACUUAGAUAGUUCACUUAAGAUGUUUGGACAGAUGAUGAAACAGAAAUACAAGCCAAAUGUGGUUGCUUAUACCUCCUUGAUCAAUGGAUUCUGCAAGAAAGCAGAUAUGAGCAGAGCUGCAAUUUUUUUCAGAGGGAUGCAAUCUUUUAAUUUGGAGCCUAAUGUUGUCACAUACACUAUACUUAUUGGUGGUUUUUGUAAGGCUGGUAAACUUGAAAAAGCAGUGUCCCUUUUUGAGCUAAUGCUGAUGAAAAAUUGUCUUCCAAAUGAUACUACAUUCCAUUACCUUGUAAAUGGUUUAACAAAUAUUACAAAAAGUACAGUUCUUAGCAGAAAAUAUGACGAAUAUGAUAGGUCCUUAAUUUUGGAUUUCUUUGCAACGAUGAUAUCAGAUGGAUGGAGUGAUGUGAUUGCCGCUUAUAAUUCUAUUAUUGUUUGUCUUUGUAAACAUGGAAUGGUUGAUACUGCCCAGUUGUUACAAACUAAGAUGCUGAGGAAAGGGUUUCCUAUGGAUUCUGUAUGUUUUAGUGCCCUGCUGCAUGGCUUUUGUCAAACAGGAAAUUUGAAAGAAUGGAGGAAUACUAUAUCCAGCGAUCUUAAUAAGAUUGAAGUCCGAACUGCUUUUGAGUACUCCCUGAAAUUAGACAAAUACCUGCACCAUGGAAGGCUCUCAGAGGCUUCAAUUAUUUUACAGACCUUGAUUGAAGACUCCAAAUUUUCUGAUCAAUCAGACAAAAAUCAAAGGGUGACAAACUUACAAAGCAGGGAGUGAAGAAAUUUCCAUACUUCAUUUGGAGAUUCUACAAAGAUAUAGUUGAACAACUCGGCAGUCUCAUAUAUGAAUAUGAAUGUGUACAAAAUGAGAUUUACAUGGACUUUUAAAAAGGACGUCAAUAUUUUUUAUGAUUGGUGACAGCAUGCAGCAAAGAGACGGUGCAACUUAUCUUCAGUCACACAUUAUGUGAA